CGCAGUGCUCUCAGUUUCACAGCAGUAGCAGCAGCAGCAGCAGCCGUGAGGACGACGCGCUCUGCAGUCAAGAUGAGUGCUGGGGAUGUGGUCUGCACCGGCUGGCUCAUUAAAUCCCCCCCGGAGAAGAAACUAAAGAGAUUUGCGUGGAGGAAACGCUGGUUUGUGCUUCGAAGAGGUCGCAUGAGCGGUAAUCCUGAUGUGCUGGAGUACUAUCAAAAUAAGAACUCCAAAAAGCCAAUCCGUAUCAUUGACCUGAAGGAGUGUGAGGUCGAAAUGCUGAAUGGGCAGCUGAGGAUAAAGCGAGAUUUCCAUGGGAAGCACCUCUUUGUGGUGAAGACCUCAUCUCGCGUUUUUUACCUAGUGGCCAAAACUGAGGAGGAGAUGAACAGCUGGAUCAGUAGCAUCAGUCAAAUUUGCCAAUUCGGGAGUCUGGAGGAUGCAGAGAGCUCAGAAGAAGGCUUUCCUCACACCCCCACCUCCCUUCAGCCGUCACCUGACAGCUCCGACAGAGUGUCCGUAUCAAGCCAACUAGAUUCCAGUCACCCACUGGACUACCUCUUUCUCUCGCAGUGUGAGACGGGGAGUGUAAGCACUAGUAGACAUGACAGCUUUUCAAACUCUGAGAUCUCUCUGGAGCAGAAGUCAUCAGAUGAUGCUGUCAAGGACGUUGUCCCCUCACCUCUUUACAACGAUUCCUCUUCAUCCUCCAUCUCUCAUGCUAGUCCCAGUCUAGCUCUUUUCCCCCAAGGACGGUUGACUAACCCUCCAUUCAGCGCUCCGUGCACCUCCAUGGCUUUACCGUCAUCCUCGUCAUCUCCACUACGUCACUGUGCCGCAAGUGUCUUCCAGUUUGACAAACCUUACUCUUCUGCGUCGUUUGAUGCAACUAGUGACAGAGUAACACCUCCUCCACUGCCACCCAAGCCCAGUCACCCGUCAGAGCAGCUAAGUGACGAAGGACUUAACAGGUCAAGGCCAAUGAGUGCACGCCAUUUCUCAAGCCAUGGUGCUUUAUUUUCCCGGAGGACCUCUUUGUCAAGCCUGGACCAUUUCAGAAUGGGAGAUGCUGAAAGUAGAUUGAUGCGGAACAGGAGGCAGAGUCUUAAUUUGCCUUGUUUAAAUACAGUACAAGUUCAAACCUACCAGGAUGAGUCAUAUGUCCCCAUGGCUUCCCCUUCUCCCUCUGUCACCACCACUGAAUGUGAUGGUUACAUCCCCAUGAGCCCCAGGACUUUCAGUUUCCUCAAUGCAAAUAGCAAUGCUGAGUCUUCCACCACUCUCAGCCCACUAGUGUGUCCACCUGGAGAUGUUCCACCACCUCCAAUUCACCGGCAUCUCAAGCCUCGUUUGAGGAGAGCUCGACCCCCACCUCUUGACUUGAGAGGCCUCUCUACAAUCACAGAAUGUCCCACUCAUCUACCUUUGAGCAGAGCAAUGACUGAAUCAUGCUUUUUACCUCUUGAAAGAAGACUUGAAAACACGAUCAUACCAAGAGAUGAAGACACAAACUGCAUUGCAAUGGAGUCAAUGCAACAGUCCUGUCUCACCUUUGAUGGAGCGGUUCAAUGCUGGGCGAGAAGAUCCAACCUUGACUAUUUGUCGCUGGAUUUCAAUUCCGCUUCCCCGUCUCCUGUGCAGAAACAGAAGCCCUUUCUGUCUGAUGAGAACAGAGUGGAUUAUGUGCAGGUGGAUGAGAAGAAGACUCAGGCACUGCAAAACACCAAAAUGGAGUGGACAGAUGUCCGACAGUCAAAAACAUAAAUGGAAUAUAAAUUAUGAAAAAAAUCAGGAACACUUGGUUUUCAGAAGACCAACAACAACACCAGCAAGGAGGACAUAAAUGAAGAGGACCAAAAACUAUUUAAAAGCACUUUGAAAAACAGUAUUAAAAUAAAAGCACAACCGUAAUUAAGCUGUUUGAUGCUUGUUUGCGGGGUGGAAACACCAAAUUGCACUGUAAAAAGUUAAUUAACUCUCAGUAAAUCUGUACUGUAAAUAAUCCCAGAUUGUGCACUGUAUCACAAUGAUUUUCUACUGUAGCAUACGGUAUUACCGAAUUAUGAAAAGGUUAUCAUAUUGCUUACUUGUUAAAAUUCAGUGAGACUUGCUGUAAAUGUAUGUAUAGUAAUUGUGACCGCAAAGAGGAAAAUAUUUCAAUGCUAAAAUGUUUUUUUUUAAAUGUUUUUCUCCCCCGUUACGUAUCAUGAAUGAAAAGGAUCCAUCCUGAGCUUUCUCCUUCUUCUAAACCUGAAGUGAAGUGCUCCGUCUGUGACCUUCAUAUUAAAGAUGUUUUCACUUGUUUUGGUACUGUGAUUACACCAAGAGAUUGUGGAAACACCAUUAUCUCCUCUAUAUCCCCGCAAACCUUCUUGAGGUUUAAAAAACCUCUUGUUAUACUCGCCAUAUCUUCCUUCUAGUUAAAUAUUACGGUCAUGAGUCAAUUCCCUUUACAUCUUGUUGUUGCUGUUUUUUAUUUAUUGUGUUUUGGUUAUUUAUUUAAAUAUAUUAUGUUCUUUUUUUGUCUUGUGUAUGUGUCUUCCCUGUUGCGUGUUCUUAUGUCUAUGUCCUGCUGCAUAUAAA